GCCACGGUCGGCGCUUAACGACAUUUUUCAUAAAAUGGCAGGAUGGCCGAGUUUUGUUAGCUGAAUUUGUGAAUUGUGAUUGGACUUUGACGUUAAUGUUAUGUUUUUUCGUGCGUGUGGCUUUAAAAAAGUGAAUAUUUUAAAUACCGAGUGUUUUCUGAAUAUUUAUACAAAGCGUGAAUGAUUCAAAGAUACAACAAUGGCACCGCGACGAAUGGAAGAGAUUCCUGUGAAAAGAAUGCCAGCUUUGGGUUGUCGUUUAGCAUCACGUCUACCAAGAGGAGAAAUAUUGACUGAUAUUACGCAAAAUAAGUGGAGACUUGGAGACGCAAUUGGCUGUGGAGGCUUUGGCGAUAUUUACCUGGCUUCCGAUGACCUCACAAAACCGGUGGGAUAUAACUCAAAAUAUGUUAUUAAAAUCGAGCCCCACAAUAACGGGCCGUUAUUCGUAGAAAUGAAUGUUUACAUAAGGGCACUCCGCAAACCCAUGAUCGAAAGUUGGUGUAAGUCUCAAGGAAAACGACGAGUAGGUGUUCCAACUUACGAAGGUUCAGGUUCGCACGUAUACCAAGGCGAGCGAUACAGAUUUUUAGUGAUACCGCGUUACGCUGGCGAUGUAGGAAAAUUGUUUAUUGCCCAUGGUCGGAAACUAUCGACGAAGAUAGUCAACAGUCUCGCAGUUCAAAUGUUGGAUUCACUGGAGUACGUUCACAGUCAGGGAUAUGCCCACGCGGAUGUUAAGGGCUCCAACAUUCUGCUCGCAAAUAACAGUCUAGGGUUGGAGAUAGAAAAAACAAAAGCAUUCUUAGUUGAUUACGGAUUAGCUUAUCGUUUCCGAACGGGGACUGGCGCGCACAAACCCUUUCUUCAUGACGAGAGAAGAGCUCACGAAGGAACUAUGGAAUUUACUUCUCGAGAUGCUCAUCACGGAACUCACUCAAGACGAGGGGAUUUGGAGACUUUGGGUUACAAUUUGUUACAAUGGUUGUGCGGAAAACUUCCUUGGGAAAAUGAGGAGGGGGGUUUGUCUCCUACAGUCAACCCGGAGGAUAUUCAUGUGCAAAAAGAAAUCUUCUUUUCAGACGUUUUAUUGUCGAUGCAACAAUGUUUUUCUGGAAAAAACAAAGCUCCUGAUAACCUCACGGAGUACUUUCAGUACAUCUCCCGUUUAGGAUUUGAGUCAAAACCAAACUACUCAUAUUUGAGGAGUCUGUUCUGGAAAGGGUCUCAACUUGAAGAAAAUAUUCUUGCUUAUGUCAACGGAGGAAUAUCCAAUGAGAACUUUUUCUGCAUCAAGUUGGACAAUCGUCCGUAUCUCCGAGAAAGGAAGCCAUGCAGGCCUGUAAAUGGCGAUGUACGCAUAACCAGAAAUGCUCAGCCGAUUAUCCCGAAGAAAGUUUUAGAAUUUAGCUGGGAAGAAGUUCUCGCUCGACACCCCGAUAAACUUGCCAAGAUUAGUGUUCAUCCUCCGCCUUCUCCUCUUACGCCACCCCCGUCUCCUCCUCCAAUUCAAAAGACUCCUUCUUUGCCAACCUACGCCAUGUUGAAUGUUCUGCAGAAGAUGAAAGAAAGACAGACUGGAAUUUGCAGACACAAAACAACUUCCAAGUCAUCCGACAAUGAGCUAAAGCCAAAAUGGAUGACACCAGCAAUGGAAGAAAUUGCUCAACUAAGGAAAAGGUCUCUCGAAUUGAUCGCCCAAUCAAGAAAAUCUGGCUCUGAUAACUCAAGAAGACUCACCAGAUCCAGAUCGGCAACAUUAAAAAGACUGGAGUCCAAUUCCUUGGCGAAGUUGGAUGCGAAAAAGAGGAAGACCUUUGCAUAAAUUUGGUUCGUAUUCCAAUAAUACUAUCCGGUUUCAUAAAGAAAAUAUCGAUCAAGUAUUAUACGUUAUUAGGGAAUUUAUUCUUAGGAUAAAUCAAUUUGACGUUCCUCAACAAAGGAUGAACAUUUCUUCCUUUGCAUAAGCGAAGCCUGAGACCUGUAUCUCGCCAAUUUCUAAGACUGCUUCGUAAUCACGGUUUUUUCACAUCGAUAUUGUGCCGUAAAAUAUAAAUAAUUGCUAAUCAUUAGAUUAUAGAAAGAAUUAUAAUUUUUUUUUUGCUUCAGAAAACCAGGUUCUGUUUCUUCUGCACCUAAUUAAAUGCGUGCGUUAAAUCUCGAGUGAUUAAAUUAAUUAAUAAGUGACUUUUACACAUUUUCUGUAAUCAAGAAAUCUGACAACUAAAGACUUGCGUUUUUACAAGUCUUUAUAAACCGUACAAUCAUAUCCAACUCCGAAAAUAGAGAAGAGUCGAUUUAUCAACUACUAUUAUAUAUAAGGCCAAGUUGGAUUAAUAAAUGGUCUCUUUUAUUUAUCUCGAUUAGACUUAUAAUUACGGUGGAGAAUUUAGGUCCGAAUUCUCCAAUUCAAUUAGAUAAGUCUCAAGUUUUUUUUUUGUAUAGAGUUUAUAAGUCACGGGUAAUAACUUCCGUAUUUUCUAUUGGUAUUUGAUGAUAGGCUUCCAUCUUUCGGUGAAUUUAUAAUACAAUAUGUCAAUCUCGAAUCGAGAACAGAGCUUUUUAAUUUCUGAAAAGUUUAAAGGACCAAUAUGAGUGAAGUACAUUUUGCUUUUCUUCGUUAUCAGUUCGCGCUAACAUAUUUUUUGUAAAGGUAGUUAUGCCUACUUAAGCGAAACUAAAGUAACAUACAUUUUAUCAUGUCUAAAUAUUAUCGAGAAUGUAAAUAUUCUUGUGAGACGAAUUAACUCGCUUAUUAGAAAUCUUCCGAUCAGAGAAGGAAUUCGUUCUUCCUCCCCUUUUUCUUAAAUCAGGAUACGGUAAUUAAUCGUUUAUAUUUUAUAUAACUCUUUGGAACUGUUCCACUAGAUUUUUAAGCGUCGAAUGUAGGUGUAGAUAUUAUGCAAUUGAAUUAUUGAAUGAAUUUCAACUCUGGUCGGAUGCUGCUUGUGAUAAUUUAUGAAUUUAUGUGUAAUUGUGUAUUAUCUUAAGUUAUGCGUACCUGCGCCAUGUAAGACUUUAAUCUUUGAAGUUUUGUAUAUCGUGCAAAAUUUAAAAAUAGCCCAAAUUUCGAUUUUUGUGCGAUGUCACGAAGAGAACAAAUGAGAUACUUAUCAAUAUACGUUUUUUUGUACAUUAUUGUUUAUUUUAGAUUCAAAUAUUCUAGAUUAGACAAAUAUAAAUACGUCAUACUUAA